AUGGCCCCUCCGCCCGGCCCGGCGCGCAGACCCGGCGCCGCCGACACGUGCGGCCGCCGCUCCCGACGCGAUCCCGGCGCGUCCGGCAGCGCGCGGACUACAACUCCCAGAGCCCCCCGCGCCCGCCGCGCCGCCCGCGAGCCGCCGACGCGUAAGGCCGGCGCUCGCCGCCACUUCCGGUGGCGCCCGGACUACAACUCCCAGCGCGCCCCGCCGCGCGGCCGCCGGGAGCGCGGUCGCGCGACCCCACAGCCGCCUCAGGGCGCGGCGGCAGCGGCCCGGCGGAGCGCGGAGGCGGCGCCCGGCCCGGCCUCGCCGCGUCGUGCGGGCCGCGGGCCGCGGCGGCGGCGGCGGCGGCGGCGCCUGGAGCUGGAGAGCCUCCUGGCCAACGCGCUGCUGCUCAAGGCGCGCCAAGGAGGCUAUGGCAGAAAAAGUGGCCGUAGUAAGAAGUGGAAGGAGAUGCUGAAGCUGCCGCCCGUCAGCCAGUGCAGUGAGCUGAGGAAGUCCACCGAGAGGGACUACGGCAGUCUUUGUGACAAGCAGCCAAUAGGGCGGCUCCUGUUCCGGCAGUUCUGCGACACCAGGCCGGAGCUGAGGGUGUGCGUUGCCUUCCUGGACGCGGUGGCAGAAUACGAAGUGGCCGCUGAUGAAGACCGGAGAGACUGUGGAUUGUUCCUCUUAGAGAAAUUCCUCAGUAACAAGGAGCGGGAAGCCCCGUUAUCAAAACUCCCGCCCCGAGGCGUGCUGGAAGGCCGAGUGCGGAAGGACCCCUCCAAGGACAUCUUUGAGGAGUGCACCAGAAUUGUCCAUAACUAUUUAAGUGGAGAACCAUUUAAAGAAUACCAAGAAAGCACAUAUUUUUCUCGGUUUUUACAGUGGAAAUGGCUGGAAAGGCGCCCGGUGACGAAGAACACCUUCCGCCAUUACAGAGUCCUGGGGAAAGGUGGCUUUGGGGAGGUCUGCGCCUGCCAAGUGCGCGCCACGGGGAAGAUGUACGCCUGCAAGAAGCUGGAGAAGAAGAGAAUCAAGAGGAGGAGAGGCGAAGCCAUGGCUCUGAACGAAAAGCGGCUCCUAGAGAAAGUACACAGCAGGUUUGUGGUCAGUCUGGCCUACGCUUAUGAGACCAAAGACUGCCUGUGCUUGGUGCUGACCAUCAUGAAUGGAGGGGACCUCAAGUUUCACAUCUACAACCUGGGCAGCCCCGGCUUUGAGGAGCGGCGAGCUCUUUUCUACGCCGCGGAGCUGUGCUGUGGCCUGGAGGACCUGCAGAGGGAGAGAAUUGUGUACAGAGACUUAAAGCCGGAGAAUAUUCUGCUGGAUGACCGGGGGCACAUCCGGAUUUCAGAUCUCGGUCUAGCCCUGGUGGUCCCCGAAGGGGAGACGGUUCGAGGAAGAGUCGGAACGGUGGGCUACAUGGCCCCCGAAGUCAUCAGCAACGAGAGCUACACCUUCAGCCCUGACUGGUGGGGACUCGGCUGCCUGCUGUAUGAGAUGAUCGAGGGACACGCUCCCUUCAAGCGCUUCAAGGAGAAGGUCAGGCGGGAGGAGGUGGACCGCAGGGUGAGGCGGGACCCCGAGCAGUACUCCGAGAAGUUUUCUGAGGACGCCAAAUCCAUCUGCAGGAUGCUACUCACCAAGAACCCCAAGCAGCGCCUGGGGUGCACGGGUGACGGGGCAGCCAGGGUGAAGGAGCACCCUGUGUUCAAGGACAUCAACUUCAAGCGACUGGAAGCAAAUAUGCUCGAGCCCCCUUUCUGCCCUGAUCCUCAGGCAGUGUACUGUAAGGACAUCUUGGACAUUGAUCAGUUCUCCACCGUGAAGGGGGUCUUCCUAGACACUUCAGAUGAGGAAUUCUACGCUGAGUUUGCCACCGGCUGUGUCUCCAUCCCCUGGCAGAAUGAGAUGAUCGAAUCCGAAUGUUUCAAGGACAUCAAUGAAACUAUGAAUGAGGAAAAUACGACGCUCAGUGCAGAAGAGAUGAAGCCUCUAGUUUCCAGGCCAAAGAAGGGCUUCUUCUCUAGACUCUUCAGCGGAGGGGGCUGCCUCAAAGACUGCCCCGGCCAGAAGGAAGAGCUGUCCACCAGGCGGUGAGCGCACAUGCAGCCCGCGUCGGGAGCUGCAGCCCUGCCCCCCCGGACUUGCAAUAAACGUGUAAGAUGCGCCUGCGUGUGA